CUCUCACUCAGACAGAAAGACGUGGAUUGCUGUGAUGCACAUGCAGCAGUGGAUUAUUCCCCUACUCUUGAUCUUUGUCUGUGAUGUCUGCUCCAAAAAGCUGCUCCAUUGCAUCAAGGAUGAUGAUGAUGAUGGCAAAGAUGGAGAGUCCUUGCUGGAGAGUUUCCCAAGGGCGCGGUGCAAGUCCCGCUGCUUGAGUUUGCACAGCGCAGCAACACUGCAGAACAAUGGAUCACUGUCAUGGUGCCACAGUCAAAAGGAGUGUGCAAAGUGUUUGGAGCCAUGUAAAAACUCUUGGUUUAUGAAAAAGAAGAAUUGCAGAGAACUUUGUGAGAGGUUGUUUCCAAAAAAGCACUGGGAGUGUUUGGCCAGCUGUCAGUUCCUUGAGUCAGUGAUGGAACUGAAGCAAGGUGAUUGUCCUCCUCCGGACUCGGCCACUGGCUUUGCGGCCGCCUGUGUCGAGAGCUGUGAUUAUGACACAGAAUGUCCAGCUCAGAAGAAGUGCUGCUCCAACAGCUGUGGCCACACAUGCCAGACUCCUAAAGAUCUCUACAAAGGGGUUCCUUCAAAGCCAAGGAAGCAGCUUGGAUUUGAGGAGGUGUUCCCCGGCCAACUCGAGGUGCAUUGGACCCCCAGAUUCAACAUGUCUGCUGAGCCUGUAGUCUACAUCCUGCAGAAAAGGUGGAACUUUGGCAUCCAACCCAGUGAAGAUGCUGCUACGCCAUGGCAAAUAGUUUCAAAUACCACAGAGCAGAGAGCCCGACUUUCUGAUAUUCGACCAGGCCGUUGGUACCAGUUCAGAGUUUCAGCUGUCAACAUGCACGGAACCAGAGGUUUCACCACUCCGAGUCGACACAUAUGCUCCAGCAGAGACCCGACCCGCCCUCCAGCCCCGACUGAGUUGAGAGUGACCAACAUGAUGUUCACUGCGAGCAGUGCUGUACAGGUCCAACUCCAGUGGUGCAUGCGAGGAGACCUCGAUGUCCCUGUUCACCAUUACAAGGUCAGCUGGACUUGGACUGGUGAAACCCCAGCUUUCUCCAUGACCAAAAGGAGGAAGAUAGUCAGAGAGGUAAGGGCUAAUGUCACCACUUUGCUUCUAAAAAGGUCCAGAUAAUACACCAGUGUUGCUCAUACAUGAAGUUGUUCAUGGUAGUCGUACAUAAAUACCUUUGGACUCCGUCAAAAGGCUUGGGCGCUUCGUAUUCUGUCAAGAUACCUGUGGUGGUUGGGUUGUGGUUAUGUAUUGGCAUGGUCACGUGACAUCGAGUAAUUUGUAUAAUACACGACACGAUACUAUUGUCUUUGAAAAGGCUAAAAAAUUUACAUAUACAUUUAAAACAAGUCUGUUAUUGUUAAUUAACAUUAACACAUUUUUUACGUUUUGCUAUAAUUUAAAUCGUUGGUGCUUUUUUUACAUUGUACUUCGUUGAGAUUUUUUCAAAUGUUUACAUUUGACUUUUAAUGACUUUUUUAAAUUUUAGCAGCUAGCAACAAAUCUAGUAUCUUCUUCUGUUAUUAUAAAAUGUACUUGUGUUCAGAGACUUUACUUCUGUCCCUCGAUGUCCCUGACAAAGAGAGCUGCAGCGAGCAUGACGUCAUACUUGCUUUGCGCUGUUGUUCUCGUUAUUCAGAAAUAUAAUUGUCUCACAUCAACUUAUAUAUAUAUCAAUUUGAUAUCAAUACAUAUGCAUACAGUAUAUUAUUAAAUAUACAAAUACAAAUGUGAUAUACUAAUAAAUAAAUAAUUUGUAUAAAU